AUGUUGAAGCAGCUCCAUCAGAAUUCUAAGAAUCUUCUGAAGACUGUGUAUUUCAUUCCUCUAGAAGGAGGUUGGGUAUCAGUUUUGAUAUCUGUAUUAGGGAGCAUUCUAUUGUCUCCUGUUGCAGCUAUUGGUAUUAUAACUACUUAUAUAUUUAAAUUAUUUGAUAUAAUUUGGAUUAGAUUGAGCUAUUUAUGGUGUAGUGAGCGUCAUCUACUCCUGGAACCUUUAAAUGAUAUCGAUUACUUAAUGUGGCGAACGGCUUUUCAUGGCCAGCCUUUAAUUAUGUGUUUUUUUGUUACUGACAGAAUACCUGCAAACCAAGUAGAAAAACAUUUGAUUUGGAGAAUAGAGAAUAAGGAUGCUUUUCAUGAAUCUAAUAAAGAUUAUCCAUAUAUUUCAAGUAAACCAGGAUCCAAGUAUGUAAGCUUGUCAAACAAUCUGAGAGAGAAUAAGAGAUUCUUUUGCAAAGUAGAAAGUUCUCUUGGACGAUUGUGGUUUAAGUAUGCUGGUAAUGAAUAUGAUACAUCUAGAAACAUAAUCAAGCUAACUCCAAAGCAUGCCAGAAUAAUUCUCAGUAAGCCAGAGCUUGUGAUGGAUAAAGACUCCUUAAAAACUUUGUCUGAGAGGAUUUCCGACUUUAGUGAUGAAUCUGAGUCUAACUACAAGGAAUCAAGCUUGUCUGAAGAAGAAAUGAAGAACUUUUAUAACUUGUUAUUUAACUGUGGAGAUUGUCAGCUUUCCAUUGAAAGACCUUGUUGGAGAAUUAUAUUAUUAGAUGAUGUUAUUUGGAAUGAUACUCAAAGUUCAAUUCUUAUUGGACAAUUUCAUCAUGUGAUUGGUGAUGGAUCAACUUUGACAGAGUUUGUGAAAAAAACAGUAUUAGAUUGUCAAGAAACUAGUAAAUUGAAACAGGAAAAGAUGAAGGGUGUGACAAGAUCUGCUAGAUUUUGGCACCAGUGGGUAAAUGGACUGAUUUGGGCAGCCGUGGCAGGGCCAAUUACUCUACUCAAGGCUGCUCUACAGGCAAGGCCAGAAAGAUCUUGGGAUACUCCUUCAAAGAGAAGAUCUAAAAGAUCAAAUAAGAUCAGUUCAGCUGGGCCAGUAAAUUUGUCCUUGAAAGAGGUAAAUCUAGUGAAAGAUAAACUAAACGAGGAUUUAAACCUUAGGGAAAGGACAAUAUAUGAGAAUAACAAUAAGCAAGAUACAACUAGUAAUGCCUAUAUAAGUACCGAAUGCAACUCUCAAUUACUAGAUAAUAGGUAUAAGACUGAGUUAAUUAGUAGAAAAAGAACUCAAAACCUAUCAAACUCAAAGGAUCAAACAUCUAAAGUUAGCAAAAAGGAAACCACCCACUUUUCAAAAAGGAUUACUUUUAAUGAUAUAAUUUUAUCAUGCAUUGCAAGUGGUUACUCCAAGUACGUUAAUUAUUACAUUUCCAAUCGAGGAGACUCAGGAGAAACUUCUAAUAGCUCUACAAGUGCUCACUCUCCAGUAGCAAUGAGUCCAAAUCCAGGAUUAAUGAAAGAUAUGCCGUUACCUGCAACAGUAACCCCUUCUUCAAGAAGAUCUAAUGAUUAUGAAAAAGAAAAUGCCACUAGAUCUACAUCUCCUUUUCACUUUGAUGAUAAAUCACCCUACUCUAGUGUUCUCAAGUACGAUUCUAUUACUAGUUCUCAUGAUUUAGAUGCUGAAUUGGAUUUCCAUUCAAAUUCACAGAUAAAAGAAAAAAUAAAUGGUUUAUAUUCAGGAAACUACUUCCCUCAUAAGGAAAAUGAUUUAUCCUUACUUUGCCACUCAAAUUUGAAUGUGGUAGUUACUACUAACAAUAGAGUUAAACCACCAACCAAAUUGGAUAAUGGAUUUUCUACUAUUGUAUUACCAAUUCCUACAUGUCCUCUGGCUUCUCCCUCAGAAAGACUCAGAUGUGUAUUUGAGUCUCUGCAAGAAUAUAGAAAAACCUCACUCCCUAUCAUAUUUAUCAGAUACAUUCAGUACACUCUUUGUUUGUCUCCAUAUGCUCUUCUUUGUUUAUGGCGACCUCAUUCUAAAUCCUGUUCCAUGUACUACAGCUCAGUUCCUGGCCCAAAAAACUGUUGCUUUAUGAACAAGAAAAUUAGAGAUAUGACCUUUGCUCUGCCUCUUACUGACCACAUUGGUCUCGGAAUUUCAGUGUUUUCGUUUGAUGACAAAGUCUCUGUUUCAUGUACCUUUGAUGAAGAAAUAAUUUUGAACCCUUCUCUCCUCUUAAAGUCGAUUAAGCUCUCAUUUGAAGAGCUCAAAGCUGGGGUUCUAGCAAAGAUCUAG